AUGCCGUCAACCUGGUGGGAAAUCCCUACCAAUAUUCCUCAAAGCCGCACCCAAGAAGCAUCUACUCAAUUCGAGCGAGUAAUGUGUCAAAUAUGGCACUUCGAGCUAUCGACACUGCUACAUCUUCCCUUUAUGUUACGUGCAGCAAAUAGCCGACGAUACGAAUAUUCGCGUAUCUCUUGUCUGGAUGCCUGUCGGAACCUAAUCAAGAGAUGGGUGUCCAUUCGCGAGACCAAUAGCACUUUCUAUAUCUCCAACCUCCUUGAUUUUGAAGCUUUCACGGCGGCAACCACUCUAUUAUUGGGGCUCUUGGUCUCCCAUGGAGAUAAGAUUCAAGAUACAUCACAAGAACGAGACGAAGAUUCUGAACUUAUGGAGAUGGUUGUUCGGAACUUCGAAAGGCUUAAGCGACAUGGUUCUCGGGAGUCCGUUGGCGAUCAGAGCAUUUUAGUUAUUCGCACACUUCAAGGGUUUCUUCGUGGUGAAAGUUCGUCUGGUAACCUGCGUCUAGAGAUCCCGUUCUUCGGAAUUAUCAAGGUUGCACUCAACGGCACCGUAGAACCAUUGGCAGGUGAGCGGAUCCUCGGAGCAAACGCUGGUCACAACAAUUUUUAUACUCGAUCUGAACCAAGAGCCAUAUUUUCUUUCAUGGCGAAAGAAAAUUGCACGCCGGAUUUGGCGUCUUGGUCGGGAAAAAAAGGAGUCGAGCAGAGAGUUGCAGCAGAGGGGGGUUCUGCUAACCAUGUCGCGGGAGGGCCUGAUACUAUUUUGCAGCUCUCUGGUGGCCACUUCCAACUUCCUGAAUCAUCCGACAUGCAAGAGAGCCUUGACGCUAGAGAAUGGUCAUUUUCACCAGAAGAUAUGAUUUUCUUCGACAGUUUGGUGAAUACGGAUGUGGUGGGCAACUGGACACUGUGA